GAAAACCUCCAACCCUAACCCUAUCCGAAAAGGCGAAAACAACUCCUGAAAGGCUGAAACCAUCAGGAUACCACCCUCUCCGGGCCGGAGCAAUGGCGGGAGCUCGCGCCGCCGUCAUCCCCGUCGCCGCUCCACCUAGAACCAUCAGCGUCUCCCUCGCUGCCUCCCCCUCAUCCUCACACCCGCUUCGUCCGGUGGCCUCCUCCGGUGUGUCCUGCAGCCAGCGCCGUCUCCCCACCGCCGCCGCCGCUCGCAACCACCCGCCGCCGAGCGCCUCCCAUGGCGCCGCUUCUAGGCUGUACGUGAGCGGUCUGUCGUUCCGUACGACCGAGGAGAGCCUACGGAACGCGUUCGAGAGGUUUGGUCAGCUCACUGAAGUUAAUCUUGUGAUGGAAAGAGUAGCGAAGCGGCCGAGAGGCUUCGCUUUCCUGUCUUAUGCCAGUGAGGAGGAAUCCAAGAACGCCAUGGAAGGGAUGCAAGGCAAGUUCCUGGAUGGGAGAGUGAUCUUUGUGGAGGUUGCAAGGCAAAGGAAAGCAGCCCCUCCUGCAGUACAUCAGUUCCUACUCAUCUGUGAACAAAAUAUUAGUAGCAAGCAUCUAUAGUUGCAGUGAUCUACGAGGCUCCAAAAAUUUAUAAGCACAGCCUCGUCAUCUCUCCGUCUGCCUCCUCCUGAGGCGCCUGUGACUUCAGCAGCGCCUCACUAUCAGCAACACAUCUCUUGUACGGCACAAAGCCUCGCCUGCAGUUGGAACCUGGGCUCACACAUUUUCUUGAAUCUGGAGAAGGCACACUGCUUGAGGAUGUAUUUGACUCCGUCCAAGAUCCUUCCCUCUGUAUACCCUUGUAAUCUACAGCUUCAGAAGUUUGGUGUUGAUGCUGUUGAUCUGAGGCUACCACCUGUGGGUUUGAAAACUGGGUGCAAGUAACACCCUCAUUAUGGUAGGUGAAGCAUGGGAGAGCAGAAUGCACGGAGAAAAUUUGUCCGUUAGGAAGAUAAUA